ACACCGGUGUUAAAGUCUGCAAAACACGUGCACUCUUCGUUAAUUUUUAGGUUGGUAACAAAAAUCAACUGAGAGUUUGAUAUUACCGCUUAAUUUUUGGGGGUUAUAAUUUUUACAUUUCCGUUUUUACCUCUGCAUGUUAAGAUCACCUCCAAGUUGGACUCCAUUAUUAAUACAUUAAUCUGAAUUAAAGGUUGGCAAGAAAAGCGAAGUGUCAAUUUUAGAUUGGCGCUUAUUUUUUGAGGUUAUAUUUUUUAUGUUCCCGUUUUUCGCCAUUUGCACAUCUCGUUCGCGUUGAGGUCACCUGCAAGUUAUUCUUCGCCGUUUAAACACCAAUCUACAAUCAAGAUGCCGAAAUCUCCCCCAAUCAGCAUCAAAGGAAAAUCCUACAACGACCUCCACAACUUAGGAGCAAGAUCUUAUCUCGCCAAAGAUUACGCCGAGGCGGUCUUGUAUUUUUCAAAAGCAAGCGAAUUGGGUGUGAAAAAGCUUGGGGAUCAAUUACACGAUGAGAUGGCUGAUAUUUAUUUGUUAUAUGGAAAGAGUUUAUUGGAGUUAGCUCGCAUGGAAGGAGACCCAUUUGGGGAAAAUGUUCCAAAGGAAGUUGUAGUUGGUGAAGAGGCUGAGGAAGAAGAAGAUUCUAGUGAUGAUGAGGAUGCUGAAAAAGUUCCUGGUGAAAAAGGUGAUACCGACAAAGGUGAUGUUGAAAAAGGUGAUGCUGAAAAAGGUGAUGCGAAAAAAGUUUCUGAGAAUGAAACUGAAAAAGUCGCUGAUGGUGAAGAGAAAGAUGAAGACGAAGAAGAGGAAGAUAUUUCUGGCGAGGAGGAAGAUGAUGAUGAAGAAAACGAUGAAAUGGAUAAUUCAAAAAAUGAGCAAAUUGAAGGAAUUGAGUUAAAUGGUGAAGAAAUUAAUUCUACCUCUGAAAAUAAAGAGAAUGAAGGUGGUUCAAAAAGCCAAGAAGAAAACGGAGAAGAAGAAGAACCAUCCGAUCUCCAACUAGCAUGGGAAAUUCUUGAACUAGCCAAAAUAAUUUAUACAAAACGUGAAGAUCGCGGAAAAAAAUUUUUAGCAGAUACUUUAAUAACAUUGGGAGAAAUUUCGAUGGAAAGCGAAAAUGUCCAAGCUGCAAUGACCGAUAUAAACGAAGCAAUCGCCGUGUUAGGAACACUAGAAGAUAAAAAUAAUCGUAUGUUAGCAGAAGCUUAUUAUAAACUAGGAAUGGCUGUUGCGAUGGAAAACAAAUUAGAUGAAGCAAUUGAUUAUUAUAAUAAAUCAAAAGAAGUCCUUGAAAAUCGUAUUAAAGAUUUAGCAGGUUCCGAAAGGGAGCUUCACAAAGCGGAAGUGAAAGACAUGCAAAAAGUGAUUCCGGAAAUUGAGGAGAAAGUCGUCGAUUUAAGGAAUUUUAAAGAGGAGCAAUUAAAAACGUUGGAAGAAUCAAAUUCCGUCGUAGCCGAUGAUGAAUCCGAUAAGAAACCCAACGACAUCUCGCAUUUGGUGAAACGCAAACGAAAAUCAGAACCCGAGGACGCAAGCGCAAAUCCUCCUCCACCCAAGAAACCUUCGCUAGGUUAAAUCCUUAGUAUUUCGUUGAAUCUCGUAUUAUUAUUUUUUUUGAUUUACCUCUAGCGCGGGAUUCUUUUUCUUUGGGUGAAAACACUCGAAAAGAAACACGUUUUAAGUGUUAAUGAUUAUUAUAAUAAUUGUGUUUCACCCCGUUACAGUUUUCCUAGGUUUUAAAUGUUAGUGUUAAUGAUUAUUAUCUCGUAGUUGCGUUUCAUUCCGUUACAGUUUUCUAUUUUUUUUUUAUAUAAAAUAAACAGUAAGUUAACUUGA